AUGCAAUUGCUUCGCAGAUUUAAAAACCGCAGUCGUUUCGCUACACAUAGCGAUAAUGGUAACUUCCACCAACUGACUUCACCCCAGCAUGAAACCCAGCAGUAUGCACCUCACCAAGGAAACCAACUGAUUUCACCCCAGCAUGAAACCCAGCAGUAUGCACCUCAGCAAGGAAACCAACUGAUUUCACCCCAGCAUGAAACCCAGCACUAUGCACCUCAGCAAGGAAACCAACUGAUUUCACCCCAGCAUGAAACCCAGCAGUUCACACCUCAGCAACAAAUACAAUCUAUUAGUGGAUUAUUUUCCCAAGAUUUUUCUAGAAAUUAG